UCAUUUUAUAUUAUUUUAUUUAUCACACAUUACCUUAAUUUCAACCCCUUUCUGCAGCUCACAUCGGGUGGCCCUGUACGUUUCUGUGCUUGACUGUGUCAUGUUACUCCGCUUUUCACUGCUUUAGUUUUAAUUUGAAAAAAAUGAAUAUAUUUAUAUGUUCAUCUAUACAGUUUCGUUUUUAUGCACUUUUUUGACAGAAUGUAACUAGACGUUGAGAAAAGCACCCCACGUCCUGAUUUCAACGUCCUUGACUCUAUCUUGUUACAACAUCAGUUUUAUUAAUCUUAUUAAUAUGAUGUAUGAAUAUCAUAUGCGACCACAGCCAUCUCCUACAACAUGGUCCUGAAAUCGGAUGCAGAAUACAGGAUGCCAUGGUAACAAUGACAGAUAUAACGAUACAAAUUAGUUUACUUUGUACUCCAGAUGGAAAUAUUUUACCAAUUACUGCUGUAGCUGGGAGCAUCAUCGUUGUCAUCGUCAUCGUCGUCGCCAUUGCCACCUCUGUGUUACUCGUACGGAAAUACAAGCAGGACAUCGCAGAAAGCAACAACCAGAUGUACAGCACCAUGUCACGUGACCCUAACACUGAUAACAACUACACUGAGUUGGAUCAUGGGCACACAGGUGAAAAGUUUCCUACUUCCCUGUCUGUCAACACCGAGGAGUCCCCGGCCUACUACAAUACAGCACCUGCUGACAGUCAGUACGAAAACCCACCCGCUUCCACUGAGUGAUACCUAACAUGUAUUCUUGAUGCGGAGUGGCAGGGUUGUUAAUAUCUGGGCCCCAGUGGUCUGGACUCAGCACAUGAAAAACGUUCUGUUCUGUUUCAUCCAAAUCACGACCACUUCCCGAAAGGGGAAGAUCGGUGAUUCGUUAUGGUAGACACCUUAUAGAAAUAACAACAUGUUUGUACUUACUAUCAUCCAAAACUGGCUCCCACAGGAGAU